AUGGCUGAGAAUGUUCUCGGACCUGUCUAUCUGUCGGCCAGACGUGACCUUGCAAGCUUUUUACGAAUGAUGUUUCGAUCUCCCCCGCACUCGCCUGAUCAUGGCGAGACGUACGCAUCGACCGCCUCGUUCCUGCUUAGGUUGCUCGUCGAUGACCGACACGUCUGCCUUGUCGCCGUCGCCAAACCCAUCCCGGAGCCGGCAGCACCACUACCCGAUUUGUCCCACACUCGUAACAUUGAUGCUCCCGUCCAAUCCCACGAUGCUACCUCAUCCGGCGCUGCAUCACCUGCGGCAGGUAGUCCGAUCAACGGGCUGGAAUCGUUGCAUCUCGCAACUGACAGAGUCGCACAGCAGGAUCAAGAUGGCAACUCGUCCUUAGGCGAAGCCUCGAGCAGCCUUUCUUCGUCUCCACAGGCUGCGUCGUCUCUCUUCUCCACCACCGCCACAGAUGCAGUAGGUCAGGGGAGACAUGGGCUCGUUGCACCGGCUGCACCGCAUAUGAGGAUGAUCAGUCCACGCGACGAAAAGGGUAGGAUCAACAAUACCCCAGCCACCUCGGUGUUCUCCGACAUAUUCGCGGAGCGAGGCUUGCCCGUCCGCAAAUUCACGCUCGACGACCUACCUGGGCCCACUGAUACAGCGCAUGCACCUGUCAAGAAGGUGCUAGCUCUGCCACCGGCUCGUACAGCCGAAACUGAGACCAUCCUCGGCGUGGUCUCGGCGCAGCUAAGCGUGGUCAACGCUCCGAGCGAAGACCAUCUCUUUACUAGCAUCAACAGCAGCAGAGCUAAAGUGCAAGAUGCGACGAGCAUGAUCGAUGUGCACCUGUUGACGCUUGCUACCGCGCCGGAGGAGCGCGGUCAGGGGCUGGGAGCGAAGCUGCUGUCCGCCUUGCAUGCCGAGUGUAUGGUUAAAGCCAGACUGAUGGCGAUGAAGGCUCGUUCCAGAAAGCCGUCGUCCAGACCUCUACCUACGGUCACCCCGCUCAGUCCGAAGUUUAUCAACGACGAUUGCACGCCAACGCUCUUGGCUACGCUGUGCUCUGCCAGUAAGGGGGACACGCUGCGCGCGCUGACUGGACCGACGCUGGCAAGUCUGCGCGAUGCCGAUCCGGCGAUCGGUCACUACCUCACGCGUACACACCUGGAAGUACAUCCGUCCAACGUACACGCUCUGUCGCUCUAUCGCGCGCAUGGGUUUGCCGCACCCGCCGAUGACGCUAAGGCGAUCAAGCGCGGCUUUUACAGGGGCGAUCUCAGGAUCGCUGCAAGCGAAAGGACCAAAAGGGGAGGCACCGAUGCCUGGGUCUUGCAGCGCUUCGAUGGUCCGAUUCAGUCGUGA